AUGACGAGCCAGGAGAAGUGGGUUAACCUUAGUCCUGGGGAGUUCUCUCAGCUUCAGAAAUAUGCGGAAUAUUCCACCAAGAAAAUUAAGGAUGUCUUAGAAGAGUUCCAUGGCAGUGGUGUGUUAGCAAAAUAUAAUCCUGAAGGGAAACAAGAUAUACUUAAUCAAACGAUUGAUUUAGAGGGGUUCAAGCUGUUCAUGAAGACUUUUCUGGAGGCAGAGUUACCAGAUGAUUUCAUUGAGCAUCUUUUUACAUCAUUUAGCAACAAAAUCUCUCACUGCAGCCCGUUAAUAAAAAACAAACCCCAGCACCUUUCUGGAGGUCUGAGACUUAACAAAGGUACCUCUACCUCCCGACCUCCUACUCCUGCCAACUUACAUUUACCAGACAUGAUCCAGCUGAAAGAUAUUGUUUGCUAUUUGUCACUGCUAGAAAGAGGAAGACCUGAAGACAAGCUAGAAUUUAUGUUUCGUUUAUAUGAUACAGAUGGAAAUGGAUACCUGGAUAGCUCGGAGCUAGAAAAUAUCAUUGCUCAAAUGAUGCAUGUUGCAGAAUACCUUGAAUGGGAUGUGACUGAACUAAGUCCAAUCCUUCAUGAAAUGAUGGAAGAAAUAGACUAUGAUCAUGAUGGCACUGUUUCUUUAGAAGAGUGGAUCCAAGGAGGAAUGACAACAAUCCCACUCUUGGUCCUCCUUGGGUUAGAGAAUAAUGUGAAAGAUGAUGGGCAGCAUGUAUGGAGACUGAAACACUUUAACAAGCCUGCCUACUGUAAUCUUUGUUUGAACAUGCUAAUCGGAGUAGGCAAGCAAGGUCUCUGCUGUUCUUUUUGCAAGUAUACAGUCCAUGAACGCUGUGUGGCAAGAGCUCCCGCAUCUUGCAUCAAAACCUAUGUGAAGUCCAAAAAGAAUACUGAUGUGAUGCACCAUUUCUGGGUAGAAGGAAAUUGUCCAACAAAAUGUGAUAAGUGUCACAAAACCAUAAAAUGUUACCAAGGCUUGACUGGACUUCACUGUGUUUGGUGUCAGAUCACAUUGCAUAACAAAUGUGCUUCACAUCUAAAACCUGAAUGUGACUGUGGACCUUUGAAGGACCAUAUUUUACCACCCACAUCAAUCUGCCCAGUAGUAUUGCAAACGCUACCCAGUUUAGGAGGUUUGCUCCCUGAGGAAAGACAGGCAACAGUGAAAAAAGAAAAGAGUUGUCCACAGCAAAUGAACAAACUAGGAGAACGGAACAAAAUGCAAAGAGCAAAUUCCGUCACCAUAGAUGGACAAGGUCUUCAGAUCACUCCAGUUCCAGGCACUCAUCCACUUUUAGUUUUUGUCAAUCCUAAAAGUGGUGGGAAACAAGGGGAAAGAAUUUAUAGAAAAUUUCAGUACCUUUUAAAUCCUCGUCAAGUUUAUAGUCUUUCUGGAAAUGGACCAAUGCCAGGGUUAAAUUUUUUCCGAGAUGUUCCUGAGUUCAGAGUACUAGCAUGUGGUGGAGAUGGAACAGUAGGCUGGAUUUUGGAUUGCAUAGAGAAAGCAAACUUGAUUAAGCAUCCUCCAGUUGCUAUCCUGCCCCUUGGGACUGGCAAUGAUUUAGCAAGGUGUCUGAGAUGGGGAGGAGGUUAUGAAGGUGAGAAUUUGAUGAAGAUCUUAAAAGACAUUGAGAACAGCUCAGAGAUUUUGCUGGACAGGUGGAAAUUUGAAGUAAUACCCAAUGAUAAAGAUGAGAAAGGAGACCCAGUGCCUUACAACAUCAUCAACAACUACUUUUCUAUUGGCGUGGAUGCUUCGAUUGCCCACAGAUUCCAUAUCAUGAGAGAAAAACAUCCAGAGAAGUUCAACAGUAGAAUGAAGAACAAAUUUUGGUAUUUUGAAUUUGGCACUUCGGAAACUUUCUCAGCCACCUGUAAGAAGCUGCAUGAAUCUGUAGAAAUAGAAUGUGAUGGAAUUCAGCUAGACUUAACCAAUAUUUCUCUGGAAGGAAUUGCUAUUCUGAAUAUUCCGAGCAUGCAUGGUGGAUCGAAUCUUUGGGGAGAGACAAAGAAAAGACGUAGCCACCGACGGACGGAAAAAAAGAGGUCAGAUAAAAGAACCACUGUCACAGAUGCCAAGGAAUUGAAGUUUGUAUGCCAAGAUCUAAGUGACCAGCUUAUGGAAGUGGUUGGUCUGGAAGGAGCCAUGGAGAUGGGACAGAUAUACACAGGACUGAAAAGUGCUGGAAGACGGCUUGCCCAGUGCUCAUCUGUUGUCAUCAGGACCAGCAAGUCUCUGCCUAUGCAGAUAGAUGGGGAACCUUGGAUGCAAACUCCUUGCACGAUAAAAAUUACUCACAAGAACCAAGCCCCCAUGUUGAUGGGACCUCCUCCAAAAACCGGUCUUUUCUCUUCUAUCAUCAAAAGAACAAGGAACCACAGCAAGGAAUAAGCCUAUGUAGUUUAGUUUUUAGAAAACCAAUUUGCUUUGUUGGGCUUUGGAAUAUUUAUGCUGGAAAUCUUUCAUGAGUUUUACUUCUACUAUCUUCUACUUGCAAAAUCAUGGAUUUUGGUUUAACAGUUUCCGUAACCAAGCUAAUGUAAAACUAUGCUAUUAGAAAAAAAUAUUGUCACAGUUUUGUAGGCAUUUUGCAUGAUGAAAGCAGAUGUUUACAUAAAGUGAUACAGCAUAUUUUUUGUUGCAUGCGUUACCAUUUACUAAUCUAUGGGCUAAUUCUGCCAUGGAAUAUGAGAAGAGAAUGCCAUGGAUAAUUUGAGUUUCUCUCUUUUCCAUUUCAACUUUUUCUACUACAAUGAUCAUAUGCCAUAGGUUCAAUAGUAUCUUUUGAAUCAAACAUCUUCACUUCAAUAGCCAAUUAGACCUGUUUCAGAGUAAAGUUUAUUACAGGUCUCAUUAACCCGUACUGUUAGUUUAUCAUUUCUUUCUACCCUGAGAAUAGUUUUAUUCAGCUAAGCAUUAAAGUCUUUUAUCUUAUUCUGAUAACUUCUAUGUAUGUGAGUAACUGUACCUGCUGAAAACAUCUAACAAUGUGUGCAGUAUUCAAAUGAUCAUGAUUACUUUUGUGUAAGUUUUUG